AUGUGUGGUUUUAUUGUUUGUAGGAACACGGACGUCAUGAUUAACGUGCAGAGCGAAUCGGAAGGCACAAGAGCCACUGCUAUCAUUGCUGCUGCCACUGCUCCCAUCACCACCACCACCACCAUCUACAGCAGUGGCAACGACAGCAGUAGCCUACCAACUGCUACCCCUCGCUGCCUCCCUCUUCCUCUGGAUCUUUCCAAACCAGAGGGCGGAGAGAGACUCAACACGUGUAGCCCCUGCGUCAGUAUCAGACCAACGGAAAUGACGCCGUUGGCUCUAUUGCCAGCUCACUUCCGGUGGGAUGGCACGUUUAGAGGCAUCCCUACACCAGCUGAGCUGGGCAAAAUUAUCGCGCACCGAUCACUCACUCUGCCCGAUUUGACUCGACUUGCAAAGUCGCUGUUUCCCAUGCCCCCACCCGAUUCGCCUACAUUGUCGCCUUCUAGCCCCAAGCGCUUUCACAUGCCUAUCAGAAUGUCCCGAAAUUGUGGAAAACAACCACAGCCAGUGAUCACUGGUUCUCUCACCUCCUCCUCCUCCUCCCCCUCCUCUUCGUCAAAGAGGAGUGGAGAGCGUUUCUACUGUCAGUAUUGUGGUAAAAUGUUUCCUCGAUCAGCAAAUUUGACACGGCACAUUCGCACCCAUACAGGAGAGCAGCCUUACAGGUGUGCCUUCUGUCCAAGGUGCUUUAGUAUUUCGUCUAACCUUCAACGCCACAUUAGAAACAUACACCAAAAAGAGCGACCAUUUCAUUGCUCACUUUGCUUAAAAAAGUUUGGCCAACGAGCCAACUUGGAGAGACAUAUACGGAACCAUUAUUUACUCGACUCCACAUCUCAACAUUAUUCCUUCCUCUAG